CACUGCGCUCCAUCACCCCAUCCGGCGAGCAGAAUGAAUGUGUUGGAUGAGGUGCCCUUCAAGAUCCCACAGGGCCCUCUGGAGGGCCCCCAGGACAAAGUGGAGCUUGUCACUGCCCCGGAACUCACCAUGUUGGACCGUGAGAAGAUCCUCCUAGAAACGAAGUAUGAGUUUUGUUUGGAGAACUGGGUGCUGACUGGGACCCAGGAGGGCUCGGCCUGCCCACGGCCAUCCUCUGAGCCCCGGCCCUCCUGUCCUCCGUACUGGCUGAUGUUCAGCAGCCCACAGGAGAACCGCCUGGCCAGACUCAGGAGCAGCGACCUGUGGGAGGCGCUGCCGAGACAGCGGAGCCGCAGCCUGCCAGCCACUGAAGGCCACUGCAUGCACCCCCGUGUCAAGCUUCUCAUCUCUGAUUCGGAGGGCGAGGGCGGAUAUUCUGAGGACGACGAAUCGUCCUCCAUGGAGGAAGACGGGGUGUCUCCACGGGGCAGGGAGGCACAGUGGCACAGAUCGAGGACACCGAGGGAGUGUCGCCGCAGCUCCUCGCCACACCUGCGGCGUCAGCAAUCACCGUGUCAGCACAGCCGGCGCAGGACCGCCCCCCCACUGGACUCCCAAGACUCCGGGCAGCCCAUACAGAGUGAGAGCAUCCUGCAGCUCACGACCCAGCGGCACCCCAAGAGGAGGCUACCCGCACUGGGCCACAUCAGCCGCAGACGUUCCCUAACGCCCCAGCCACCAUGUUCCUCUCCGCCCAGGAGUCGGCCACCACCCAGGCCCUCAACCGCAGAGUACAAACCCUCGGUACUGUCCCUGAGCCGCUAUUCCCAGCUGCCACCACCCCGCUCGGUGCGUCGGGUCCACGAUUCCCACGCAACGCUCCCGGACUCGUCGGCGGAGCUGCUGUCGGCCCUGAGUCAGGAUGAGAGGGAUCUCCUGGACGCCAUCACUGACCAAGGCUACCCACUACACACGGCCAUCAUCGCCUUGCAGAAGACGGGUUGUCAGAGUGCUGAGCGGAUCCGGGGCUACCUGCUGGCCCAUGACCGUCUCUGCAAACUUGGCUACGAUGAGACGCAGGUAGAGGAGGCCCUUGAGAUGUUCCAGAACUGUGAGGCAAAGGCUGCUGAGUUCCUGCAUCUCCUCACCCAGUUCAAGGAGAUGGGCUUCCAGCAGAAUGUGAUCAAAGAGGCAUUGCUCGUCCACGAGAACGACAGGGAGCGGGCCCUGGAGGAGCUAAUGACACAAGCAGGCUGACCAAUGAGAACCCAAAUCCACCCGUGAAAUGACAUCAUCGCUAGAAGUUCAGAGCUUUGAAAAAACAGGUUUAGG